AUGGCUGCUGGAGCCUUCGGUCAAUAUAUUGAUAUUCAAAUCCAGGAUGACUUGAACUGUGAUAUCACGAUUAAAAACGCGCACAUUUCCAGUGGCCAGUUCUACACGCACGGUAAUCGACGCGAUGUUGUGUCGCCGAGCGAUGUCGAUGACCUGACCAUUCGCCAUAAUGGUGGCAGAAGGAAUAUAUAUGCAUGUGGCGAAUUGGGUUCUAUCUCAGAAACUCGAGGAAUGUUUGAUCUUUACGACGAUAAAAGAGCUACCCGAAUCUGCACCUUAUACUGGAGUGCAUCUGUGGAACCUGAAAGACGCAAUGAAAUUUUGAAAUUCAAUCAUGAUGUCAGAUAUGAUGUUGGUAUUGGCAAUUGGAAUGAAUCUGGUACUAUGGGUAUGAUUCAAGUAACCAUCAAGGAGCAGGCUUGA